UGAGAGAGAGUGAGAGAGAGAGAGAGAAAGAGAGGCGAGGUCUUCUCGUUCUUGAACCAGUUGCAGCGAAGUCGCGCACCCGAUCAUAACCGCCGGAAAUGGAAGAAAAUGAAGAGCGAGAAGCUCAGGGAGAGGGUUUCGAGGCCAAUCCAGAAAUCCUAAUCUCGGAACCGACAAUCGAUCCUGCCUCCACGCGCCCUCAAACCCCGCCCGAACCUUCCGAGGAAUCAAAUACCGCUCUUGGUCAGACCGAUAUCCUCAGAGCCCUCGAGGUCGUGGAGAGAGACUCUGUGGCCAUCGCCGAGAGCUUUACUUCUCUCUUCUCUUCACUUCGUUUAGCCAUCUCCGAGGUUACUGGUAGUUCGGUCAAUCACAUGCAUUGCUUCACUGAUGCUGCGGGCUGCCUUCAAGAAUCUGUUCUUGAUGCAGCAACAAAGGGGAAUCGGUACAUAAAUUCAUGUCUCAGAUUAAACGAGGAGAUGAAGGGCAUGGACAGUCUAGCUAUACAGCUAAAAUUCCUGAGGAGAAACGUAGAUGCUUUAGACACAGCUGUGAACAAGCUCCUCCGACUGCCAUGAAGUUUGAGCUGCUCCGCUCAGUGGUUGCAUCAAGUGCUUAGUCUUUUCCUUUACUUUGUAAAUUAUAUGCGACCUGUAUUCACUUGGGAAUUGAGACUAUUACAGACUUCAUUUGUGAUACUGCAGUGAGUAUGAAAGUUCUCCCUCAACAUGUUUUGAGUUUUAGGCUGAACAAGCUGCACAGACAGACAAACCAGGAGAUGUUUUACAUUUUGACUGAGCCCCAUGCGAUUUCGGUAGCGUUUGUGGACUGCUGUAUUUUCGGGUCAAUCUUUGAAUGGGCUUUAUCUUUUCUUAACGUUGAAGCCCCUUUUGAGAGCACAAAGAUUAUCUAUUAAUAGUCGGUUUAGAUU